AUGGAUGAAUACAACCGCUUUGUGGAUUGGGACAAAAUGGAUGUUACUGUCCAGAGCCAGGAUGCGAAGGAGCUAACCUGCACGGAGUUCCAGGAGCUCAAGCAGCUGGCCCGCCAGGGCUACUGGGCCAAGAACCACUCUCUGAGAGCCAAAGUGUACCACAAACUAAUUAGCAAUAUCCCAUGCCGCACAGUGACCCCAGAUGCAAAUGUGUACCGGGACAUUGUUGUGAAGAUCGUUGGAAAACGUAACAGUAGCUCCCUUCCACUACCAGAGUUUGUGGACAACAGCCUGGUCCCCACGUACUGCUUGAACGCCGAAGGCAUUGGGGCGGUCAGGAAGAUUAUAUUGUGCAUUGCGAAUCAGUUCCCAGACAUAUCGUUUUGCCCGGCGCUGCCUUCUGUGAUAGCUUUGCUCCUGCACUACAGCAAAGAUGAGGCAGAGUGUUUUGAACAGGUUUGUCGCAUCCUUGCUUGCAAUGACCCUUCCAAGCGGCUCAUUGAUCAGACGUUCUUAGCUUUUGAGUCCUCCUGCAUGACUUUUGGUGACCUGGUUAACAAAUACUGUCAGGCAGCACAUAAGCUGAUGGUGGCAGUGUCUGAGGAUGUGUUGGAGGUGUACUCUGACUGGCAACGGUGGCUCUUUGGGGAACUGCCUAUGGUGUACAUUGCUCGGGUCUUUGAUGUGUUUCUGGUGGAGGGCUACAAAGUUCUCUAUCGUGUUGCGCUGGCGCUUCUGAAAUUUUUUCACAAAGUCAGAGCUGGGCAGCCCAUGGAGUCGGACAGCAUACAACAGGACAUUCGAGCUUUUGUGAGAGACAUUGCCAAGUCAGUGUCUCCGGAGAGGCUUCUGGAAAAAGCCUUUGCUAUCCGCCUCUUCUCGCGGAAGGAGAUCCAGCUUCUGCAGAUGGCCAACGAGAAGGCUUUGCAGCAGAAGGGCAUCACGGUCAAACAGAAAAGUGUUGCAUCUCCCAAAAGGUAG